GGUUGGUUCUUCUUGUUGGUGGUGAGACGAAUUUGUGUUUGGGAAAAAGAGAAUCGGAAAAAAUGAGCGGAACAGUGAAAAAAGUGACCGAUGUGGCGUUCAAGGCAGGGAGGACCAUUGAUUGGGAUGGAAUGGCCGCGCUCCUCGUCUCCGAUGAAGCUCGCAAGGAGUUUGCUACACUUCGUCGCGCUUUCGACGACGUUAACCACGCUCUCCAAACCAAAUUCAGCCAGGAGCCUGAACCCAUAAAUUGGGACCAUUACAGAAAAAAUAUUGGCUCUCGCUUGGUGGAUAUGUACAAGGAACAUUAUGAAAGCAUCGAGAUCCCCAAGUACGUUGACAAUGUAACUCCGCAAUAUAAGCCCAAAUUCGAUGCGCUAUUAGUGGAACUUAAAGAAGCAGAGGAGAAAUCUCUAAAGGAGUCUGAGCGACUGGAGAAGGAGAUUGCUGAAGUACAGGAGUUGAAGAAAAAGAUCAGUACUAUGACAGCAGAUGAGUACUUUGAAAAGCAUCCUGAGCUGAAGAAGAAGUUUGAUGAUGAGAUCAGGAAUGAUUACUGGGGCUAUUAAUUUGGUGCACUUUCAAUCUUAAGGCUUCUUCAAAUAACCAGUUUCUCAGUUGUUGGAAUUUUGGUGGAGCUGUACUCGAGAAAACGAUGUGUAUUGUGGUUUUCACAUGCACCAAUUCAAGGAAAAUGUCGUGUUGCUGAUUCCUUAAUAAAAUUUGUUACCUGUAUGAAGAUUGAAGAAUCUAUGUCUUGCUUCUUCUAAAUUCGCGUGUCCACAAAGUUUUCUCUACUGUGGAGAAGCGUUGGCACUCGCUUUACUCAAGACACAGCAAGAUAUUAAUUCAUACACGCAUUAGGAUAAGAAACAUGGUUGGGAUUAUCAA